CCACAUUUUGUCAUACAAUGGACCCAGGGAGUCCAAAUGAGGUAAAAGACGCAACCAAACCAGGUGUAAGUGAGGUGAAGGCCACAAGCACACCAGAGGAAGAUGCUCACUCCAUACUAACAUCUGCUCUCAUCAAUUCAUCGGUGGAGCUCAAGACCUGGAGCUCCGUCAAGUCUUUGCGCGGAUUUAGCGUAUCGACCCCACCGGAAUCACCUGUGACUGCAUCCCUUCGCUUUUCAGAGGCUUACUGGGUAGGUCUGUCGCUCUUGCUUAUGUCUCCCAGACCUUCGUUAAUGCUGUUACAAACGCGCAGAAAAGGAACGUGCUAACGUAUGGGGACAUAGUCCCGGAUGGCUUCGUUGACAUUUGGGGAGCAAUCGAGCAGUUCCCUUUGCCGGCAUCCAUCAUCCUUGACAGCUUUCCAGCGACCGUUGAGGCUGUUCUAGUGGACAGAAAGUCAGACGCUGAGCUGGUCCUUCUUGAACGCAAAGCAAUGUCGAUUGAUAGUCCAUCCAGUCCUUCGGGCGCUCGUACAACUGCAAAACUCGGUUGGCGAGGCAUCGCUGUUCGUUUGGCAGAGCUUGUUGCAAACCGUAUGGGAGGAGCAGUAGAUUCCGACCAGUCUCUGCAAUCUGACUGGCGAUCUGUGUAUUGGAAGAUUAAAAGCGCAUUUCGGAGUCACUACAUCUCACUUGGCCUGAUUACCUCUGGGUUGAUCAGGCACAGGGUUCUCCUUUUCAAGGUAUGUCAAGCUCGCUGUAACGUUUCUUUUUUUGUAGUGAGCUUCAUUGACACGAGUUUGCUUCCAGGUGUUGGCGGAUAGAGUUGGCGUACCUUGCUGCAUUGUCCGUGGUCGGUUUUACACUGGCACAAAGGAUGGUGCAAGGGCCAAGAUUCGAGAUGAAGAUGGUUCGGAAUAUGUAGUUGAUUUAAUGAAAGCGCCAGGCCUUCUAGUCCCGGUUACGAAUCUGGAAACGCCUACAAUAUCACCAGUUGCAAGUCCUGUUGAUGAAUACUGCGAAGCGGGGACAGCUGUCUUCCCGGCACUGGUGGCAUCAAUGGCGAAAUUGCUAGGCAAGGAUGGUAAGUAGACAGCAGUUCAGCUUUUAUGCGACGAAGUCUGAAUCUUGACUUUCUUAUCUUGACAGAACUAGAACCUGAAUCGCAGAAGACACUUUUUGGGCAAAUACCUCCUAAUGAUGAAUGUGGUGCUGAAAGUGGGUCAGAUGUGGGAAGCAACAGCCCAAUGUUUCGUCCUGAGGACAGAAAGAAUAGACGUCGAUCACCCUCAUGGACAGAUGGAUGGGGAUCUCCCCAGGUUCCCAUGCUCGUUGCAGAUGUUGCCAAGGAAAAUCCAAGAUUCGCCCAGAGGCUGAAGUCCCCUGAUAAGGAGAAGCGGCAGCUGUUUUCAGAAAAUCAGGUAACCAGCAUCUGGUUAUCAUUUCUGUUAUUUCAUAUUCACAAACUGCCUCUCUGUCCAGGCUGAGGGGACAACGGGAAAAAAGCUGGAAGCAGAUGACAAUAUCAGCAACAGAGAUGGUGAAAAUACUGAGCAAUCAGGAUGUGAAGACGCUGACUUCAGCUUCUCAAAAGAAAUUCAGAUGUAUAAGCUGGAUGGCUUUUUAAUUCCAAAAGGAGCGGUGACACUUGGCGAGCGUGUGGGACUAGGUAUGUGCACUUUUACGCUUAGUGCAAUCAAUGCUCACAUCUUCAAUCGUUACAAACGUUUACCUUGCAGGAUCUUUUGGAGAAGUGUUCAAGGGCGAGUGGAAUGGCUUUGUACGAAUGUUGGUUGCUUGCCUGGUUUUGCUUGCCUGAUUGGCAGGUGAUGGUUUGAUAACACUCGUUCUUGCAGGAGGUUGCUGUGAAGAAGCUGAUAGAUCAAGAAAUCCCAGCGGAUGCUAUUGAAGAUUUUAAGUCCGAGGUUGCUAUGAUGCAUCGGCUACGUCAUCCAAACAUACUGCUUUUUAUGGGUGCAAUCAUUGACCCUCCACAUCUGUCGAUUGUGACAGAAUUUCUCCCAAGGUACGUGAGUGUAGCAUUCUGCAUCCGCCAAACCUCGCAUAUAAUCUCUUGAAAUGCCAGGGGGAGUAUAUUCCGACUUCUGACAAGGCCAAAUGCAUCUUCGAGCAUGGAUGAGCGGCGCCGACUGAAGAUGGCACUAGAUGUGGUGAGUUGUUAUACUUUUUGGAUUUCUUUUUAUAGCUUUUUGCAAUCUGAGUGCCACUGUGGCUGCAGGCAAAGGGAAUGAAUUACCUUCACUGCUGCAGCCCUCUAAUCGUGCACAGAGACCUGAAAUCUCCCAAUCUUCUUGUUGAUAAGAACUGGGUUGUGAAGGUGACUAUAUUGAUUCGUUCAUCAGUUUUCGGGUCUGGCAAAAUUGCUGUGACACUGACGCAGAAAAAUCCUAGGUUUGUGACUUCGGCCUGUCAAAGAUAAAGAACCAGACUUAUCUGUCAUCAAGAACUGCAGCUGGAACGGUAUGUAUGAUUUCUUUUGUUAGUCUGAUACUUCGCAGGGGUUCAACAUGACCCGUGAUCUUUUGCAGCCAGAGUGGAUGGCCCCAGAAGUGUUGCGGAAUGAGCCAUCAAAUGAGAAGAGUGAUGUCUACAGUUUUGGUGUGGUCCUAUGGGAGCUCUCGACAAUGCAACGCCCGUGGAGGGGUUUGAAUGCGAUGCAAGUUGUGGGGGCUGUUGGUUUCCAGCAAAGGAGACUUGUCAUUCCAGGAUCAGUAGAUCCUGCUGUUUCCAAAGUCAUAGGAGCCUGCUGGGCAGAGUACGUUCACAUUCUUUCCUGUUUUCCUGAUUUGACCCCUCUUUCCCUCAAGCUGCACUUGCUAUCUGUGCAGGAAACCGUCAGAACGGCCAUCAUUUUCAGAGAUUGUUCAUGAACUGAAGGAAAUACAUAAGCGGUGGACUUACUCAGUCAACCCAAGGUCACCUGCGUGAUCGUAGCAACAGUGUGAUGGCAGAUGCACUAAAAAGGACAUGUUUCAGAAUUCCCAUGCCAG